AUGGAUCCUCUUGACCGUGCUCAAAUUCUCCUUGUCUGUGACCUGUGUCAGAGAGCUCCAUUACAAAGUCAUUGCGAACUUUGUCAAAUAUCCCUGUGUAGAGCCUGUGUAGGGGAGCAUUUAUGUGAUUCUUCAAAAAGACACAAGGUUGUCCCAUACAAAAACAGAACAAGAACUCAUAUAAACCCUAAAUGUCCAAACCACACCAAUUCAUAUUGUAAGCUCUACUGUUCAGAAUGUGACAUUCCUGUCUGUUCUACAUGCAUUUCUUCUGAUGAACAUAUAGGGCAUCGCCUCACAGAUAUUUUGGACAAAUUUAAGUCAACAUUAGAAACAAUCUCCCCACAAAAAUUUAUGGCAUAUAUAAAAAAAGGAACUACAGUGGUUCGUCAUGCUCGAGGAAUCGUGGUAGGAUGUGCUGGAGCUGGAAAAACUACACUUUUAUAUAGACUUCUGGGGAAAAGUCUUGAGGAAAUAAAGGAAAUAAAAUCAACUAGGGGACUUCAAGUCUACGAACACAUAUUUCUUGUAAAAAAUAAAAAAUUGAUUGCUUCCGGAGAUGGUGCCUUAAAUAAACGACUGAUCAGGAUUACAAUGUCCGCACUUCAAACGAUGGAACAAAGUGAUGAAAAUAAAUCAAUGAAUAACCCAAUACCAAACACUACACUUGGUCGAAAUAAAAAUGAAACAGAUGAUCUACAACUGACACAAGCUGAAAUGAGAGAAAUGCUGGAUGCACAAGAAAAUGAAACAAGUGUCAGCAUGUUUGAUUUUGCUGGACAAUUUGCUUACUAUGCUUGCCAUCAGAUCUACAUAAGAUCCGAAGCCUUUUACAUUCUGGUGAUGGACAUGAGUAAAGCUUUCAAAGAUGUCGUUAAUAGCGAAUCAGAAGCACGUCCGGGCUCUAUCUUCUCUAAGUGGACAUACAAAGAUUAUCUUGACUUCUGGCUUGACUCCAUAAAAUCGUUUAGUGGUCCGUCUGCUCAAGUUCUUGUGGUGGCUACGCAUACAGAAGGCAAGACAAAAGAGGAGAGGGAAUCUUUUUUGGAGAGUCUCUGGACGUUAGUACCACCUGAAGAUAAGACCAGGCUUUAUGACAGGGACUUUGCAUUAGCACUAAUCGAGAUGAAUGAAGAUGGGAGACACGCCCUGCGAAGUCUUAAAGAAUCAAUUGCUGGGGUAGUCUCGAAAAAAAUGGAUACAAAAAUAGAAGUCCCAUCAGCAUGGGCUCUUCUUGAGCAUUUCUUACACCUAACAGAAAAACCAAUCUUGUCACUAAGUGACAUCACCAAAGUGAAUAAGAAACUUCCAGAAGAAUAUCAAUUGAAAAGUCAAGAAGAAAUAUUUGAUUUUCUGUCUUUUUUCCAUGGACAUGGUAUGUUGCUCUUUUUUAAGGAGGAAGGACUGAAAUCGUAUGCAAUUCUAAACAUCCAAUGGUUUUCCAAUGCAUUCAGUAAGCUUAUUGCUGACAAGGAUCACAUAAACAGGGACUGCAAACGACGAUACAUUGAAGAUUGGAACCGUUUUAAUGCCACAGGAAAUCUCAGGAAAUCACUGGUAGAUGCACUGUGGAAAGAAGAAUCUUUAUAUAUAGAACACAAGGCAAUACUUAUGUCAUUCAUGGAGAAAUUACGGAUGUUAGUCAGCAUUGAAGGAGAAUCCUCCUGGUAUGUCCCCUGCAUGAACCAAAAGCCUUUCACACACGACGUCUUUCAACAGACAAUAGAGAAAUCGUCCAUUCUGUGUUUUCGAUUCACUUCCUUUGCCAUGUUUGUCUACUACAGGCUAAUUGCAUAUUGCAUGAGUUUCCUGAAGUGGAAUGUACAGUUUGAUAAGGACAAAAGUCAAUGUCUGUAUCAAACAGCAGCGAUUUUCGAAACCGAAAAUCACACAGUUAUCGUUGGUAUAAUCGAUAAAGACAUCCAGCUGCAGGUGCUGCGAAUUUAUGAUCCACAACGCUCGGUUUCCUGCAAAAUUGGAAAAUCCAUUCAAACAGCCUUAACAGAAUUGACAGAAACAUUGAAUGAGAAGAAAACCUUUCAGAAAGGUUACAAAUGCCUUAAUCUUUUCUGCAGUGAAAAGGAUCUAACUUUUAUUCCUGAGGAAGAACUUUCUGGAAGUCAAUGCAAUUGUCCUAUAGGCAGUGGAAAACAUAAGAUAGAUGUUCAAUGGACUUUGGGAUUUUGGAAAGAUUGUGGAAGAAAUCUUGAGGGUCGUGAUAGAUUUGCAAAACUGGGAAUGGCGAUAAUCGAUGUUUUAACACAGGCCCUCAGAGACGUUUUAGAAAAAGAGAUUCCCUCUACACAUAUUAAUGGAAAAGUGACAUCAUCACAAUUACCAAAAGGUCUUAAAGGUCCAAAUCCUGUACAAAAGAAAAUUUUGAACGAUGCGAAAACGUACGGAUAUCAGAAGUUUGACAUUACACUUUUGUACUUGUUGAUAAGAAAUUAUUGCAGUACAAUCCCUCAGCCCACAAAUAACUGGGGUUUAAAGGCCAUGCCUGGAGUAGGGGAGACAACUGUUGGUGAUGACGUGGAGAGGAUCCGACUGAUUCGAAACCAAGUGUACAGUCACGUGAGUUCAGCCUCUGCCUCACAGACAGAAUUUGAUGAUAACUGGUCAAUCAUUUAUGAUAUCUCUAAACGACUUGAAGUCUGUACAGGAAAAAGUUACUUGAGUAAACUGGAUGAAAUAAAGAAACUUUCCUUGGAAAAGGAUAGACAAGAGGCAAUUAUAAAGGAAGUUAAAGUCGUAUGUGAGCGUGACCCAGAAAUACUCGAGAGAAUGCAAUCAAUUGAAACUGGUAUACAGUCUAUACAGAGAGAUUUGCAAGAAAUAAAAUUAGAUAAGCCUCGCGGGAGAAAAGAAGAAGAAGAGGCCUGGUGGCCUAGAUGGUGUGGAAUCUUGUAAAUAUAAAUAUUUGCUUUCAAAUGACCGAAGAAGGAUAUUACAGAUAUGACACUGUAUUGAGAAAAACUUAUUUUAUAGAAUGUUACCAAAUAUUCAUUUUAGAGCAAACAUAUAUUU